GGGAAAGAUGGCGGCGACUCUAGGACCCUCUGGGUGGUGGCAGCGGUGGCGGCAGCGUUUGUCGGCUCGGAAUGGGUCCAGGAUGUUGCUCCUUCUUCUUUUGAUGGGGUCUGGGCAGGGACCACGGCAAGUCGGGGCGGGUCAAACGUUCGAGUACUUGAAACGGGAGCACUCGCUGUCGAAGCCCUACCAGGGUGUGGGCACGGGCAGUUCCUCACUGUGGAAUCUGAUGGGCAACGCCAUGGUGAUGACCCAGUAUAUCCGCCUUACCCCAGAUAUGCAAAGUAAACAGGGUGCCCUGUGGAACCGGGUGCCAUGCUUCCUGAGAGACUGGGAGUUGCAGGUGCACUUCAAAAUCCACGGACAAGGGAAGAAGAAUCUGCAUGGGGAUGGCUUGGCAAUCUGGUACACGAAGGAUCGGAUGCAGCCAGGGCCUGUGUUUGGAAACAUGGACAAAUUUGUGGGGCUGGGAGUAUUUGUAGACACGUACCCCAAUGAGGAGAAGCAGCAAGAGGCCCAGAAGAGGCGAUAUUCUCCAGGAGUCCAGCGGGUCUUCCCCUAUAUCUCAGCCAUGGUGAACAAUGGCUCACUCAGCUACGAUCAUGAGCGGGAUGGGCGGCCUACAGAGCUGGGGGGCUGUACAGCCAUUGUCCGCAAUCUGCACUAUGACACCUUCCUUGUGAUUCGCUAUGUCAAGAGACAUUUGACGAUAAUGAUGGACAUCGAUGGCAAGCAUGAGUGGAGGGACUGCAUUGAGGUGCCCGGGGUCCGUCUGCCCCGGGGCUACUACUUUGGCACCUCCUCCAUCACUGGGGAUCUCUCGGAUAAUCACGACGUCAUCUCCCUGAAGUUGUUUGAACUGACGGUAGAGAGAACUCCAGAAGAGGAGAAGCUGCAUCGAGAUGUGUUCCUGCCCUCGGUGGACAACAUGAAGCUGCCUGAGGUCUCCGUCCACCUGAGGAAUUCUCCCUGGAAAUCCGGAUGGAAACUUCUUCCCUGUGUUGCCUUCUCCCUCCACUCAUUGCUCUCUCCACAUGCAGCCUGAGCUAGAAGAGACAUCUGGAUGCCUCUCUUUUGGAGCCUGUGGCUGCAGAACAGACUGAUGUUUCACUGACCCUCAGUAGGUGGCCACAGUGGAGGGCUCUUUGGCUCACUGCUCAAGCUGUUGUUCUUUAGCACGCAUCUUGGUUCUGUUGGUUUGUUUGUGACCUUCCCAGUUGGUUCCUUUAGGCCCUCAGUCAGGUUUGGCCAGAAGUUGGGUAUGCAAGUCGAGAGAAGCUUGUACGACUUCAUGAUUGUCAGGGGAGUAACUAGGAAACUGGCCAGCUCCAUGUUUCGAUACCAGAAGCAACAUUUGCCAUGUGAUCUGGCCAUGUGGAGAUGUUUCUGGACUCUGGAGCCUGAUGAACUCCAUGUUUGGUGUUUAUAUGACUUUUGAAAUCCUACUCGGAGUGUUCAAAAUGUAAAGAAGCUUCCUUUUUAUAGCCUCAGCUUGGAUACUCUCCAAAGAGGAAACUUGGCUUCUGUUUCUUAAUGGUGGAGAAACAGUUGCUAUUCUCCUAUUGCAAAUCUGGGAGCAAUGGACCCUCGUCCUCUGUGCCUGGAAGAGUUCAUUGUCAUUGAGCAACAGAGCCUGAGUGUCCUCCUCUGUGGGUCAAUCCUUAUUCCACUGCCUUAUCUGACAAGGGGUCAUGUGCUGCUCACCUGUCUGCCCUGUGAUUAAAAUGGCCAAUAGGCCAGUCUCCCUGGAGGGCCUGGAGCUCUGAGCUCUCCUAGCCAUGUACUUCUGUAGCCUAAGGGAAAUUCUUAAAAUGGCUAAUGAAAACCAGACAUGAGCUUCCAA